UUUUCUCUUUCUCUCUUUCUCUCUCUCUUUAAACCCCCCCUUUUUUUAACCACCCGCUUUUUUUUGUAAACAGAAAUACUUAUUUUUGUAUGUCCACCAGAUCCACUAAAAAGGUCAUCACUGAGCCUUUUGACUUAUCCAAUAUAAAAACAACAGCUCAAGCUGCCUCUACAAUGCGUAAACGAAAAAGGAUAUUUGGACUGGAAGAAGCGCCUACAUUUUAUCCAACAAAAGAAGAGUUUAAAGACCCUCUAGCUUAUAUUGAGAAGAUUAGCACUGAGGGUGCAAAGUAUGGAAUUAUAAAGAUCAUCCCGCCUAGUGAUUACAAACCUGAGUUCUGUUUAAACACUGAGAAUUUUCGCUUCAAAACUAGGCUUCAAAAGCUCAAUAGUAUGGAAGGCGAAACCCGUGCAAACGUCAAUUAUCUAGAGCAGCUCACCAAAUAUCAUAUACUCACUGGCAAACCUGUUGCCAAAAUACCGCAAUUGGAUAAAAGACCCAUUGAUCUCUAUAAACUGAAAAAUGAAGUGGCCAUGAGAGGCGGUGUUCAAGAAGUCAUCAAGCAAAAAAAGUGGGCUGAAAUAGGCAGAGUAUUAGGCUAUGCUCGAAAGAACUGCACAUCCAUGUCAAAUGCUCUGAAAUCAGCUUAUACGAAGAUCAUCUUGCCUUAUGAGAUAUGGUAUGCUCAACAUAAGGAAGAUGCUGAAAAUCUCCUCAAGAAAAAAGAUAUUUCCUACUUGAAUGACGAUAGUAACGAUACUUGUGAGAUCUGCCACAAGAAUGAAGAUGAAGAAAACUUGCUGCUAUGUGACGGAUGUAAUCGUGGCUAUCAUCUCUAUUGUCUUACACCGCCCUUGUCAUCUGUACCCAAAACGGACUGGUACUGUCUCCAGUGUUUGACAGCCGUCGGCAAGGACUAUGGCUUUGAAGAUGGCUCAGAGUACACACUUGCUGGUUUUCAAAAGGUCUGUGAUAAAUUCAAAAAGGAAUGGUUCGCUAAAGCAAACGGUGAAGAGCGACCGGUGACAGAAGAAGACUGUGAGAACGAGUUCUGGCGACUUGUCAAUAACCCCCAUGAAACAUGUCAAGUCGAAUACGGCGCUGACCUACACAGUACACAACAUGGAAGUGGCUUUAUGGCUCCUGAACAAAUGCCACAAGGUGCAUUUGACCCAUGGAAUUUAAAUGUAAUUCCAGUAUCGCCACACUCCUUGUUUACACACAUCAAAACGGACAUCAGUGGUAUGAUGUCUCCCUGGUUAUACAUUGGCAUGUGCUUUUCUGCCUUCUGUUGGCAUAACGAGGACCACUACACAUACUCCAUAAAUUAUAUGCACUGGGGUGAAACCAAAACCUGGUACGGUGUACCCGGCUCGGAUACAGCAAAAUUUGAAGAGUCGAUGCGAAAGGCGGUUCCAGAACUGUUUGAACAACAGCCCGACCUGCUAUUCCAAUUAGUCACUAUGCUCAGUCCCGAAAGAUUGUUAAAAGAAAAUGUCAAAGUCUAUGCUGUCGAUCAAAGACCAGGCCAAUUUGUCGUGACGUUUCCUAAAGCAUAUCAUUCUGGAUUUAAUCAUGGUUUCAAUUUUUGUGAAGCUGUCAACUUUGCUCCAACAGAUUGGGUGGAACAUGGAUUAGAAUGCGUUAAACGUUACAAAGAAUUUAGAAAACAGCCUUGUUUUUCACAUGAUGAAUUGCUUGUCACUGCAGCAUUCAAUUUCAAAAAUAGUCCCAAAUCUGAUCUUGAAUGGCUCAAACGAGGGUUAAUGGACAUGCAACAAAGAGAACUAGAGGAGCGUCAAACUGCUCGUACAAAGAAGAUCAAGGAGACAGCAAUACCAAAAGAAGAUGCACGUGAAGAACUCCAAUGUGAUCACUGUCAUUGUUACACCUAUCUGUCUUUUAUUGGUUGUGCCUGUACAGAGAGAGUGUCAUGCUCCGAUCAUAUAUUAGAGUUAUGCGAGUGUCCUAUGAGCUCUAAGACGCUUUAUCUUCGUUUUUCAGAUAAAGAACUAGAAGAGUUGGUCAAUAGCAUAGUCAACAGUGGCUUCAGUCCUGAAAAAUGGAAGCAAAAGUUAAACAAGGCAAUUCAGACAAAACCAACAAUAAAGGCACUAAACGAGAUAUUAAAGGAGGGCGAAGAGAUAAAUGUAAACCCAGAAGACUUGGCUGCCUUGCGUGAUUUUAUAGAGAUCAUGGAUCAGUGGGUGACAGAGGCCGAACGCAUACUGGACUUGAAGUCAGAUUCUAAUAAAUCAACACAAAAGGGACGUAUCGAACGUAUUCAGAAUUUAUUAGAAAAGGCAUCUCGAAUUGGCUAUGAUUUUCCAUUGGUACCUCAGUUGAACGAAUACUUGGACCAAUUACUUGCCUAUGAAGCCACAAUCACAGACGAAUUACUGGCAUCCAAUGACGAACAACUGCAGUACCCUAUUUAUGAACAAGGCAAGUCACUUAAGGCGGACUCUAAACGAUUCGCUCAGCUCAGAAGCACGAUCGAAUCUCGCUCUUGGUUGACAGAAGUCGAAAAGGUGCUUGCCAAACCAUACAAUGCAAAAUCAAUAAGAAGGCUCAUAAAGAGUGCAUCUGACCUGGGCAUUACCGAAGGACCUUGGCCUGAGCGUCUAGCUACGAUCGAACAAGAGGCUAAACGCUGCUUACAGUUUAUUGAAAACCUUUGCCGCGGAAGACAAAAGAUUGGACUUGAUGAAGAAGCUAGCGUAUUCACUAUUGGCCAAAAUCGUGAGAACCCACAGCUCUCGUUCACGCUCGAACCUCAUCUCCUAACUCGUCUGCAGAACGCUAUAGCUCGUUCAAAAGUUAUUCUCAAUCAGGUCGAUGAGAUGCUCGCGACAGAGUGUACUCGAUCCAACGUCCUCGAACGACCUGCAGUGACCGAUGGUCAGAAACUGAUGUCUGUCUGUAGAGAAAUUGUGUUCAAAUCAGAAAAAGUACAGAGACUGUCUCAAGCCCUCUCAAACAUGAGCACAUGGAACGAAAGGGUCAGGACAACAUUUAUGCAUGGCCGACAAAAAUCUCUUGAUCAUGUCCUCCGAGAAACCUUGUCGAACGUUGAGACGAUCACAUCCAAUUUUGAAAGAAUUGACUUGUAUUGUAUCUGUCGUAAACCAGAGUCUGGAAUUAUGGUCGAAUGUGAUAUCUGCAAAGAGUGGUAUCACAAUCCAUGCGUCCGAGUACCUCGAAGCGUUGUUCGUUCGUCCAUCUCGUAUGUCUGCCCAAUCUGUGAUAACGAUUCAAAAAAGGCUUUGGCCCACGUAUCACGACGACCGACGUUGCACGAACUUCAAACACUUAUGCAAAUUGCUCAACCACUCAUGUUUCGCCCAAAGGAUUACUCAUUGAUCAAGAACAUUUACACUCUCAUGAACAGUUUCCAGUCACGUGUUCAGACAUUCUGUCGCUCACAUCUUGACGUUGAUCAAGUAGAAGAAAUAAGACGAUACUUACGAAGCUUAGAAGGACUGGAAGUCCAGUUACCUGAAGAGACUGAGAUACUGAGAGCCAAGCUUCAAGAACUUAUGCCCGCCUAUUUACAACGAAAAAAAUCAUCCAAUGCUGCCAAGAAUGAAAAAGAGAGUCAUCAGAAAUCAUCUAGCAAGACAUCAAUAAGCAACUUAAUACAUAAAUCAAAUCAUAUGGAACCAAUGAGCAUUGACUACACUACAAGUUCUUCUGCUGUGCAGAAUAACGUGAACCCUAGAAUCGAGCAUUCCACUAAUAAUAUAAAUAAUAUUACUAAUCCAACAUCUCCAUCACGACUCUUACUCAAGACAAAUGGCAUAAAACGACCACUAGAAGAUGCACCUGCGCCACCCAGAACCCAAAAGAUCAUAAAACUUACCGUACGACCUCCUACACAGCCAGUGGUCAAUAAGAAGAGACCGUUUCAAUCAGAAGAAGAAAAGAAUAAAGCAAAGAAACAAAAGGCAGUGAAUUGAUGAUAUUCACACACUCACACAAACUUUAUAAUAUGUACAGCUCUUGUAAAUUUAAUAUGUGAAUAUAGGAAAUUGAAAAUAAACCAUCUCCUCUCACACUCUCCGUUUAUGAACAUACUUUUAUCCUUCUUUUCUCGUUGUAUUUUAAAUUGAAAAAGCGUCCUUUUUGUUUAAACAUUG